AUGGCUGCUUCGGCAGAGACCGGGUUUAUCCGGUUUUGUCACAUUCUAGUGGUCAAAUUCUAUGAAUCCCACAAAUACACAAAGCCCCAAUAUGGGUAUGCUGAACCCAUCAACCUGCAGUAUUGGUACAACUUACAAAAGGAUGACAAUAUCAAAUAUGGCCCUCUGAGGACAGCUGAUGAUGUAAUGUGGGCGGGUAGAUUUGUGGUGGAUAUGUACCUGUAUGAAAAGGACCCAAAAGUAGUAGGAAAGGAGGACUAUACACUGGAUCUUCCUAUGCCCAUAGUAUUGAGGGUAGUACCUAACAUAGAUGUGGGCCAACUCUAUCCCACUCAAGCCCAGAAAGACGACUUCGACAAAGUUUUCAAUCGUGUUAUUACCAGGUCAAUUUUGGAGUUGGAGAAUAUUAUGAGGAGUGCACCCCAGACUGUUGCUAACCUAAAAGCUGAAAUUGCAGCUGCUCAGAUUGCAGCACUAGAGGUUGCUACCCAUGAUUUGAUAGUAAACUGCACUCUGUGUCCUCCUCAGAGUGGUACCCGUUCACGCACCCCCACCACUACUCUACCUACUCCCCAUUUGCACCCCCAAGUGUUGCCUAAAGAGAUAUCUCCCAUCAAUCUCUCAGUCUUCAAAGUCCAGCUGCAUUUUGAUCAUUUUCUUCAGGCUUUUCAAGGAUCCAUAGCUGAUCUGGCACAUAGACAUUUUCAGGAUCAUUAUAAUGCCCCCCGAAGUUGUGCUAAGGCAGCUAGGAGAAGGAGUCCUUUUCACUCUGAAGAAGAAGUGGGUUGGCCUGUUCAACAGAAAUUGGGUGUAGGUAGCUCCAGCAACAAUGUCACAAGGAGGAAGUGA